AUGUCCGGCCAAAAACGCAAAGUCGUCGACAUAUCCUCCGAUGAGGAACGUCCCAGCUUUCGCUCUUUUGCGAGAGCUUCGUCCGAGUCGCCUCCUCGCACCGCCAAGAUGGCCUCGUCCAACAAUGCCGCCCCAGCAGGCAAUUCCUUUGCCACCCGAAUGAUGGCCAAGAUGGGCUAUGUCCAAGGUCAGGGCCUUGGUUCUAGCGGCCAGGGUAUCAUCAAUCCCAUCGAGGCUCAGGCUAGACCUACGGGUGCCGGACUGGGUGCCGUCCGCGAGAAGACCAAGCAGGCCCGAGACGAGGAGAAACGCGCCGCUGCCCAUCGAGGGGAAACACUCGAGGAGAGCUCCGAUGAGGAGCACCGACGACGGCAGAAGAAGGAGAAGAAGAAACGAGAAAUUCGCAGUGCGACCGGCACUCCCGUCCCUCGUUCGAAGCCCCAGUUCCGCACCGCGCGAGAGAUGGAGGCCGAUAUGGAAGGUCUAGAGGUCCCCAACGUGCUCAAGUCCUUGAUCGAUGCUACCGGCAAGGAGCAGCGAGUGCUCACCUCCACCGCCGGUCUGAUGACCCCGCUGGAGUUCGUCAAUCAGGCCGAGGGUGAGGCGAUUAAAAUCGCCCAACGUGCCCGCCAUGACCUCGAGGCCUUUGCCGACGAAUGGAAGGGACUGACCGAGAGGAAGAGCUUCGUCGACCUGGAAGAGACCCAGAUCGUCGACCAGCUGGACACUCUACAGCAGCGAGCCGAUCAGCUGGCCGAGUUGAUCACCGCCGUCCAGGCCUUGGAGAUCGCCCCAGACGAUGCCAGCAGCAGCAAUGUACGCACCAGGUUCGACGAUGUGACCCAGAAGCUCGAAUCAUUGGAGAUCCAAUACCGUCCGCACAUCCUCGAGUACCGGCUCCCGGAGACCGCAGUGGCUGCCAUCCAUCCUCUCUUCCGUCAAGCCAUGGAAGAAUGGGAGCCGCUGCAGGAACCGACCUUCCUCGUCUCGCAUCUUCGCCGUCUUCAGCCUCUCCUCCUCGCCCGCCGGGAGGAUUCUGCGCAAAACCACUACCAGCCGCGACAAUCCACCUCGCCCUACGAAACCAUGAUCUACACGCUCUGGCUGCCGCGCGUGCGGUCAGCGCUGCUCAACGAGUGGGAUGUCUUCGACCCAACACCAGCCACAUCUUUGAUGGUCGCCUGGAAGGAGAUCCUUCCGUCCUUCGUGUAUGCGAACGUCCUGGACCAGCUGGUGGUGCCCAAACUCACCGCCGGUCUCAAAGAAUGGAAGCCCCGCAGCACCAGCAGCAGCCGACGAUCGUCGUCGUCACGUUACCCGUGGUGGCUAUUCACCUGGCUACAGUACCUGGACGAACGCCACACAGACCCCAAACAAGCAACGGGACUUCUCUCGGACGCGAAGCGGAAGUUCCGCGUCCUCCUGGACACCUGGGACCUGCACCGGGGACUGGUCAGUGGCCUGGACCUGUGGCGGGAUGCGCUGGGAUCAGAAUUCGACACCUGUCUACGCCACCACCUGCUACCGCGUCUAAGCCAUCAUCUCCGCGAGGAAUUCGAAGUCAACCCACAAGACCAGGACCUCACGGCCCUGGAAGACGUGCUCAAAUGGAAGGAGUUCUUCCAACCGAACGUGAUGGCCCUGCUCCUGGUCGCCGAGUUCUUCCCCAAGUGGCAUCACAUCCUGUACGUCUGGCUCACCAACGAUCCUAACUACGAAGAAGUCGCCCAGUGGUUCUCCUGGUGGCGGACCCAGAUCCCCGCUGACCUUAACGAUAUGACAAUCAUCGAUGACGAAUGGAACAAGGGUCUCCAAUCUAUGGACUUGGCCUCGCGACUGGGUCACCGCGCUGCCACCGAACUACCACUUCCAUCCACAACCACAACCACCACCGCUGUACCAUCCGAAGAGAAGAAGAAACCCGUCGAAUCAACCCCCGGGCGCAAACCCAAGGUCGUCGAGGAAGUCGCCUUCAAGGAUAUUCUCGAAUCCUGGUGCACCGAACAAGGUCUUAUCAUGCUGCCCUUGCGAGAAGCUCAUCCGCAGAACGGUUUGCCGCUGUUCCGCAUCACCGCCAGCGCCACGGGCAAAGGUGGCGUCGUGGCCUUCCUCCAGGGCGACGUUGUGUGGGUGCAGAACAAGAAAGCAAAAGAGAUCUGGGAGCCCAUGGGUUUAGAGGACCGACUGGUAGAGCGGGCAGAAGGACUGAAAUAA